AUGGCUCUGCUUGUUGACAAACUCCGUCCAAGGACGCUCGAUGCGCUCACAUACCACCCAGAGCUAUCGGAUCGACUUCAAUCACUGGCCCAAAGCGGCGAUUUCCCACAUCUUCUGGUCUACGGGCCCUCUGGUGCUGGGAAGAAGACGCGAAUCAUUGCGACACUCAAAGAAUUGUUUGGUCCUGGAGUGGAGAAAAUCAAAAUUGAUGCGCGUGUCUUCCAAACAACCAGCAAUCGCAAGCUCGAAUUCAACAUCGUGUCGUCCGUCUAUCAUCUCGAGAUCACACCCGCCGAUGUUGGGAACUAUGAUCGCGUUGUGGUCCAGGAAUUGCUGAAAGAAGUUGCCCAGACACAGCAGGUGGACCUAUCAGCGAAACAACGCUUCAAGGUCGUCGUUAUCAAUGAAGCCGACCAUCUCACACGCGAUGCUCAAGCAGCACUCAGACGUACGAUGGAAAAGUACAGUCCAAACUUGCGUUUGAUUCUUCUAGCAAACAGCACCUCCAAUAUCAUAGCGCCCAUCCGUUCCCGUACCCUACUAGUUAGGGUGGCAGCUCCGAGUGAAAGCGACAUUUGUUCAGCGCUACGAAUUGCUGCGAGAAGGGAAGGGUGGACGGAGGCACCUGGCCUGAACAAGCGGAUUGCAAAAGAAAGCGGGCGCAAUUUGCGACGCGCUCUUCUUAUGUUUGAGUCGAUCUAUGCGCAAAAUGAGCAAGUUACAGACGGCACAGUAAUUCCCCCACCAGACUGGGAGGCUCUCAUCUCAGUGACAGCAGAUGAUAUCGUACGGGAGCGAAGUCCUGCCCAGCUUUUGCAAGUGCGCGCACGACUUUAUGACUUAUUAACGCAUUGUAUCCCACCGACCACCAUUUUGAAAACGUUGACAUUCAUGCUCGUUGCGAAGGUUGACGAUGUGCUCAAGCCAGAUGUCAUUAAAUGGUCAGCCUUCUAUGAGCAUCGUAUCAAGCUGGGCAGUAAAGUUAUUUUCCACCUAGAGGCCUUUGUAGCGAAGUUUAUGCGCAUUUACGAGAGCUGGACAAUGGGAAUGGACUUCGACUAG